GCAGGCUUUCGCGUUACGCUGUCUUCAUCGACUCUGCCCCGGGGUGGGGGUUGGGGCUUUUAUGUCUGUAGAGGAUGAGAUGAUACCUGAGCUAAGCUUAAAGCAACCGUAGGAGUUAUGCAGAAUAGAGAGUGUGCGGGGGAAAAAGGAUUUCGGAAAAGGCAAGCUCCUAGGAAGGGUGGAGAGCUGGUUGCAUUCCAGCAAGUGAAAGGAGCCGGGGAGGGGGACAGGAGAUGAGGCUGCGGAGGGUGAAAGCGACCGCCGGCGGGGACACUUUUGAAACAAUAGACGCGCGUGAUAAUAAGGACUUGAAUUAGGCUCCAGCAGUGACAGCUUGUAAGCAAUUAGGAGUUAUAGUUGUUCCUGAGGGGUUUUGGAUUUGAUUUCUGCUACAGAGAGUUGUUCUACCGUAGAGCAGAACUUUCCCAAGAGUUCCACCAAGGACUCAACCUUUUCUCUCUCUGAUUAUUUGCUGUUUCCAGUUCAUCCUUUCUCUCUACUGAAUCUUUUUGUCAUCGUUCUGAAUUGUUUGGAUUUCUCCCAUUCUGGAAAAAAGGGGUACUUUUUAUGCAAUUUGCCUGGCACUGUGCACAACAGUCAACAAAAGACAGCUAAGUUUCUUUCAUGGAAUUUUACAGUUAAGUGGGGAAAGCAGACACUGAUCAAAGAAUCACAAAUAAACAUGAAAAUAUGAUUGGUGUAAGAGCAACAAUGGAGAAGUACAGAAGAGGGUGUAUACUAAUGCUGGUUCUACUAAGGCCACUUGCAGAAGUUCAGCCCUACUGGUCAUACCUCAGUACCAUAGCCAGCCAAGACUGAUCAUGAAGAAGCCACGAGCAGCUGUGGGGAAUCGAAGUGGUCGCAGGAAGCAGGCAUCCAGCCAGGAGGGAAAGGAGAAAUGUGCCUUUGGCAGCAGCCAAGCCAAGCCGUCUGCCCCCAGUGCAGGGCUGGCCAGGCAGCAGAAGGCGUUAUUGCAGGCCUCUGUCUCCCCAUACCAUCUAUUCCGAGAUGUGGCCGAGGUCACAGCCUUCCAGGAGAGCUUGCUGGGCUGGUAUGACCGAAAGAAGCGGGACCUACCCUGGAGAAGGCUGGUGGAGGGUGAGGUGGACCUAGACAGGCGGGCAUACGCUGUGUGGGUCUCAGAGGUCAUGCUGCAGCAGACCCAGGUUGCCACGGUGAUCAACUAUUAUACCCGAUGGAUGCAGAAGUGGCCAACGCUGCAGGACCUGGCCAGUGCUUCCCUGGAGGAAGUUAACCAACUCUGGGCCGGCCUGGGCUAUUACUCUCGAGGCCGGUGGCUACAGGAAGGAGCCCGGAAGGUGGUAGAGGAGCUAGGGGGCCACAUGCCACGUACAGCAGAGACCCUGCAGCAGUUCCUACCUGGGGUAGGGCGGUACACAGCUGGAGCUAUUGCUUCCAUAGCCUUUGGCCAGGCCGCCGGAGUGGUAGAUGGGAACGUCAUACGGGUGCUGUGCCGUGUCCGAGCCAUAGGUGCUGAUCCUGGCAGCACUCUUGUCUCCCAGCACCUCUGGAGCCUAGCCCAGCAGCUGGUGGACCCAGCCCGGCCAGGGGACUUUAACCAAGCAGCCAUGGAGUUGGGGGCCAUAGUGUGCACUCCGCAGCGCCCACUCUGCAGCCACUGCCCUGUGCAGAGCCUGUGCCGGGCACGCCAGAAGGUGGAGCGGGAGCAGCUCUCAGCCUCACAGAGCCUGCCUGGCAGUUGUGAUGUGGAGGAGUGUGCUCCCAACUCUGGACAAUGCCCGCUGUGUGCGCCUCCCACAGAGCCCUGGGACCAAACCCUGGGAGUAACCAACUUUCCCAGAAAGGCCAGCCGCAAGCCCCCCAGGGAGGAGUGCUCUGCCAUCUGUGUUCUGGAGCAGCCCAAGGCUCUUGGGGGUGCCCGCAUUCUGCUGGUGCAGAGGCCCAACUCAGGUCUGCUGGCAGGACUGUGGGAGUUCCCAUCAGUGAGUGUGAAUGCGGAAGCCUCAGGGCAGCAUCAGCGGGAAGCCCUGCUGCAGGAACUGCAGAGUUGGGUGGGGCCCCUCCCGGAUAUGCGCCUUCAGCACCUGGGGCAGGUGGUCCACACCUUCUCUCACAUCAAGAUGACAUACCAAGUGUACGGUCAGGUCCUGGAAGAACACACCCCAGUGACCAUUGUACCACCUGGCGCUCGCUGGCUGACCCGGGAGGACUUUCACACUGCAGCCGUCUCCACCGCCAUGAAAAAGGUAUUCCGCAUGUAUGAGGGCCAACAGCCUGGCACCUGCAAGGGUUCCAGAAGAUCCCAGGUGGCCACCCUGUCCAAACGGAAAAAGCCCAGUCCAGGCCAGCAAGUCCUGGAGAGUUUCUUUCGGCCCCACGUCCCCACUGAUGCACCCAGCCUCAACACUGCAGCCCAGUGAUGCCUCCACCCUGCUGAGAAUCCUGUUUAAUAAAAUGCUUAGUUUUGUAGUCAU